CACUCCGACCUGGAUUUACCGUUCUUGGCCCCCUUAAGCCCCCCCGAGUGGGGGGCGGCUGUGAUCGCUCUGGCGGUUGGAGGUCGGGGAGCGGCCCGGGCUCUGGCCAUGUUCUCGGAUGAAGAUUUCUGGAUCGCCCUGUGAAGAGGUCUCCCCGAGAGGGCCCUGCCCAGUCGGAGAGAGGGAUGGACAGCCAGAAGCCGCCUGGUGAAGAUAAAGAUUCAGAACCGGCAGCUGAUGGACCUGCAGCCUCUGAAGAGCCAGGUGCCACUGAGCCAGACCUUCCUAACCUGUGCGUUGGGGAGGUCUCUGUCCCCAGUUCUGGGAGUCCCAGGCUUCAGAAGCCUCCUCAUGAUUGCAGUGGGGGUCCGGCACGGCGAUGUGCUCUCUGUAACUGCGGGGAGCCCAGCCUGCAUGGGCAGAGGGAGCUCCAGUGCUUUGAAUUGCCAUUUGACUGGCCCCGGUCUCCAGAGGUGUCCUCUGGGGGAAACCCGGGGCCCCGUGAAGCAGUGCUGCCCAGUGAGGACCUGUCACAAAUUGGUUUCCCUGAGGGCCUUACACCUGCCCACCUAGGAGAACCUGGAGGGCACUGCUGGGCACAUCACUGGUGUGCUGUGUGGUCAGCAGGUGUGUGGGGGCAGGAGGGCCCAGAACUAUGUGGUGUGGACAAGGCCAUCUUCUCAGGGAUCUCACAGCGCUGCUCCCACUGCACCCGGUUUGGUGCCUCCAUUCCUUGCCGCUCGCCUGGAUGUCCACGGCUUUACCACUUUCCCUGUGCAGCUGCCAGUGGUUCCUUCUUAUCCAUGAAAACACUGCAGCUGCUCUGCCCAGACCACAGUGAGGGGGCUGCACAUUUGGAAGAGGCUCGCUGUGCAGUGUGUGAGGGGCCAGGGGAGCUGUGUGACCUCUUCUUCUGUACCAGCUGUGGGCAUCACUAUCAUGGAGCCUGUCUGGACACUGCUCUGACUGCCCGUAAGCGUGCUGGUUGGCAGUGCCCUGAAUGCAAAGAGUGCCAAGCCUGCAGGAAACCUGGGAAUGACUCUAAGAUGUUGGUCUGUGAGGCGUGUGACAAAGGAUAUCAUACGUUCUGCUUAAAACCACCCAUAGAGGAACUGCCUGCUCACUCGUGGAAAUGUAUGACAUGCCGGGUAUGUCGGGCCUGUGGGGCAGGCUCAGCAGAACUGAAUCCGAACUCUGAAUGGUUUGAGAACUAUUCGCUCUGUCACCGUUGUCAUAAAGCCCAGGGAGAUCAGCCUGUCAUUUCUGUUGCUGAGCAGCACCCACCUCUCUGUAGCAGAUUUUCACCCCCAGAGCCUGGUGAUGUCCCCACUGAUGAGCCUGAUGCUCUGUACGUUGCAUGCCAAGGGCAGCCAAAGGGUGGGCACGUGACCUCUAUGCAACCCAAGGAACCGGGGCCCCUGCAAUGUGAAGCCAAACCACUAGGGAGAGCAGGGACCCAACUUGAAGCCCAGUUGGAGGCUCCCCUAAAUGAGGAGAUGCCACUGCUGCCCCCGCCUGAGGAGUCACCCCUGUCUCCACCACCUGAAGAAUCACCUACAUCUCCACCACCUGAGGCCUCACGCCUGUACCCACCACCUGAUGAAUCACCUGAAUCCAUGCUCCCCGAGGCCUCACGCCUGUCCCCACCGACUGAGGAAUCACCCCUUUCUCCACCACCUGAGGAGUCUCCUUUUUCUCCACUGGAGGAGUCCCCUCCAUCUCCUGCACUAGAGACGCCCCUGUCCCCACCGCCUGAAGCCUCACCCCUGUCUCCACCAUUUGAGGAAUCUCCUCUCUCCCCUCCACCUGAGGAAUUGCCCACCUCCCCACCACCUGAAGCAUCUCGCCUGUCUCCACCACCUGAAGAGUCACCCAUGUCCCCUCCACCAGAAGAGUCACCCAUGUCCCCUCCACCUGAGGCAUCUCGUCUGUUCCCGCCAUUUGAAGAGUCUCCUCUGUCUCCUCCACCUGAAGAGUCUCCUCUGUCCCCACCCCCGGAAGCAUCACGCCUGUCCCCACCCCCUGAGGACUCGCCCAUGUCCCCCCCACCUGAGGACUCGCCCAUGUCCCCCCCACCUGAAGUAUCCCGCUUCUCUCCCCUGCCUGUCCUGUCACACUUAUCUCCUCUGCCUGAGGUGUCACGGCUAUCCCCACCCCCUGAGGAAUCUCCCCUGUCCCCACCCCCUGAGGACUCACCCACAUCACCUCCACCUGAGGCUUUGCGACUGUCCCCUCCUCCUGAAGACUCCCCAGUGUCACCACCACCAGAGGACUCACUUAUGUCCCUGCCACUAGAGGAGUCACCCCUGUCACCACUGCCUGAGGGACCGAGACUCUGCCCUCAGCCUGAGGAACCAUACCUGUCUCCCCAGCCUGAGGAGCCCCGACUCUGUCCCCAGCCUGAGGAGCUACCCCUGUCUCCACAGUCUGAGGAGCCAUGCCUGUCCCCUGUGCUUGCAGAGCCGUGUCUGUCUUCUCAGUCUGAGGAACCACACUUGUCUCCUGUGCCUCAGGAACAUUUGUCCCCUCAGCCUGAGGAACCGCAUCUGUCCCCUCAGCCUAAGGAACCACACCUGUCUCCCCAGUCUGAGGAGCCUUGCCUGUCCCCUAUGCUUGAGGAGCCAUGCCUGUCCCCCAAGCCUGAGGAACUAUACCAAUCUCCUCGACCUGAAGAACCUCCUGAGGAACCAAGCCAGUGCUCUGCACCUAAGGCGUUAUCCUUGUUUCUCCCAACUGGGGAGCCACCUUUAUCCCCCAUGCUUGGAGAGCCAGCCGUGUCUGAGCCUGGGGAACCACCUCUAUCCCCACUUCCUGAGGAACUACCCUUGUCCCUAUCAGGGGAGCCAGCCUUGUCACCUCAGCUGAUGCCACCAGAUCCUCUUCCUCCUCCGCUCUCACCUAUUAUCCCAGCUGCGGCUCCUCCAGCCCUGUCUCCUUUGGGGGAGUUAGAGUACCCCUUUGGUGCCAAAAGGGACAGUGACCCUGAGUCACCAUUGGCUGCCCCCAUCCUAGAGACACCUAUCAGCCCUCCACCAGAAGCUAACUGCACUGACCCUGAGCCUGUACCCCCAAUGAUCCUUCCCCCGUCUCCAGGCUCCCCAAUGGGGCCUGCUUCUCCUAUCCUCAUGGAACCCCUUCCUCCACCUUGUUCCCCACUCCUUCAGCAUCCUUUGCCUCCGCCACCCUCUCCUCCUUCCCAGUGUUCCCCUCCCGCUCUGCCACUGUCUCUUCCCUCCCCAUUGAGUCCUGUGCAUAAGGCAGUGGAUGUCUUGGAUGAGGCUGAGCUGCAUGAAAUGGAGACUGAGAAAGGUCCAGAACCUGAGUGCCCAGCCUUGGAGCCCAGUGCCACCAGUCCUCUGCCAUCUCCUAUGGGGGACCUUUCUUGCCCUGCCCCUAGCCCUGCCCCUGCCCUGGAUGACUUCUCUGGCUUGGGAGAAGACACCACCCCUCUAGAUGGGGCUAAUAUUAAUGCUUCACAGUCAAGGACCGGUCAGACCCCUGGCAGUUUGGCUAGUGAACUUAAAGGUUCUCCUGUGCUCCUGGACCCUGAGGAGCUAACCCCUGUGACCCCUAUGGAGGUCUACGGCCCAGAUUGCAAGCAUGCAGGGCAGGGCUCACCCUGUGAAGAGCAGGAGGAGCUUGGUGCACCAGUGGCCCCCAUACCAUCUACUCUCAUCAAAUCAGACAUCGUUAAUGAGAUCUCUAAUCUGAGCCAGGGCGAUGCCAGUGCCAGUUUUCCUGGUUCAGAGCCCCUGCUGGGCUCUCCUGAUCCUGAGGGGGGCGGCUCCUUGUCCAUGGAGCUGGGAGUGUCUACAGAUGUUAGUCCAGCCCGAGAUGAGGGCUCCCUGCGCCUCUGUACUGACUCACUACCAGAGACUGACGACUCACUGUUGUGUGAUACUGGGACAACUAUCAGUGGAGGCAAAGCAGAGGGAGACAAAGGGCGGCGGCGCAGCUCCCCAGCCCGGUCCAGAAUCAAACAGGGCCGUAGCAGUAGUUUCCCAGGAAGACGCCGGCCUCGUGGAGGAGCACAUGGAGGAAGAGGGAGAGGACGGGCUCGACUGAAAUCAACCACUUCUUCCAUUGAGACACUGGUAGUGGCUGAUAUUGAUAGUUCUCCUAGCAAGGAGGAGGAGGAGGAUGAUGAUGACACCAUGCAGAACACUGUGGUUCUCUUCUCUAAUACAGACAAAUUUGUUCUAAUGCAGGACAUGUGUGUGGUGUGUGGCAGCUUUGGCCGGGGGGCCGAGGGCCACCUCUUGGCCUGUUCUCAGUGUUCCCAAUGCUAUCACCCUUACUGUGUCAACAGCAAGAUCACCAAGGUGAUGCUGCUAAAGGGCUGGCGUUGUGUGGAGUGUAUCGUUUGUGAGGUGUGCGGCCAGGCCUCUGACCCUUCACGUCUGCUGCUCUGUGACGACUGUGACAUUAGCUACCAUACUUACUGCCUGGACCCUCCACUGCUCACUGUGCCCAAGGGUGGCUGGAAAUGCAAGUGGUGUGUGUCUUGUAUGCAGUGUGGGGCCGCCUCCCCUGGCUUCCACUGUGAAUGGCAGAAUAGUUACACACAUUGCGGGCCCUGUGCCAGCCUGGUGACCUGUCCUGUCUGUCAUGCUCCCUAUGUGGAGGAAGACCUGCUAAUCCAGUGUCGCCACUGUGAACGGUGGAUGCAUGCUGGUUGUGAGAGCCUUUUCACAGAGGAUGAAGUGGAGCAGGCUGCGGAUGAAGGCUUUGACUGUGUUUCCUGUCAGCCCUAUGUGGUGAAGCCUGUGGCACCUGUUGCCCCACCAGAAUUGGUACCUGUGAAGGUGAAAGAGCCAGAGCCCCAGUUCUUUCGCUUCGAGGGUGUGUGGCUGACAGAAACUGGCAUGGCGGUGCUGCGUAACCUGACCAUGUCACCACUGCACAAGCGGCGCCAGCGGCGAGGACGGCUAGGCCUCCCAGGCGAGGCAGGGCUGGAGGGUUCUGAGCCCUCAGAUGCCCUUGGCCCUGAUGACAAGAAGGAUGGGGACCUGGAGACUGACGAGCUGCUCAAGGGUGAAGGUGGUGUGGAGCACAUGGAGUGUGAAAUCAAACUAGAAGGCCCUGCCAGCCCUGACGUAGAACCUGGCAAAGAAGAGACAGAGGAAAGCAAAAAACGCAAGCGCAAACCCUAUCGGCCCGGCAUUGGUGGUUUCAUGGUACGACAGCGGAAAUCUCAUCCACGUGUGAAAAGGGGGCCUGCUGCACAGGCCGAGGUGUUGAGUGGGGAUGGGCAGCCCGACGAGGGUGAGACGGUGAUGCCUGCUGAUCUGCCUGCUGAGGGCUCUGUGGAACCAAGCCUUGCUGAGGGGGAUGAAAAGAAGAAGCAACAGCGAAGAGGGCGCAAAAAGAGCAAGCUGGAAGACAUGUUCCCUGCUUACUUGCAGGAAGCCUUCUUUGGGAAGGAACUGCUGGACCUGAGUCGGAAAGCCCUUUUUGCAGUUGGGGUGGGCCGGCCAAGCUUCGGACCCGGAGCUCAAAAGCCCCGAGGGGAUGGAGGUUCAGAGAAGAAGGAGCUCACUGCCUUGCACAAAGGAGAGGAUGGUCCAGAUGUUGCAGAUGAAGAGUCCCGUGGGCCCGAGGGCAUGGCUGAUAUGCCAGUUACAGGUCUUGAGGAUGGGGGUGUAAAGGCAUCACCAGUGCCCAGUGACCCUGAGAAGCCAGGUACUCCAGGUGAAGGAAUGCUUAGCUCCGACUUAGACAGGAUUCCCACAGAAGAACUGCCCAAGAUGGAGUCCAAGGACCUGCAGCAGCUGUUUAAGGAUGUCCUGGGUUCAGAAAGAGAACAGCAUUUGGGUUGUGGAACUCCUGGCCUAGAAGGCAGCCGUACACCAUUGCAGAGGCCCUUUCUCCAAGGUGGACUCCCUUUGGGCAGCCUCCCCUCCAGUAGCCCAAUGGACUCCUACCCAGGCCUCUGCCAGUCUCCCUUCUUGGAUUCUAGGGAGCGCGGGGGCUUCUUUAGCCCAGAACCGGGUGAGCCAGACAGCCCCUGGACAGGCUCAGGGGGCACCACGCCCUCUACUCCCACCACCCCUACCACCGAGGGCGAGGGCGACGGGCUGUCCUAUAACCAGCGGAGUCUACAGCGUUGGGAAAAAGAUGAGGAACUGGGCCAGCUCUCCACUAUUUCACCUGUACUCUAUGCCAACAUUAACUUUCCUAAUCUCAAGCAAGAUUACCCAGACUGGUCUAGCCGAUGUAAACAAAUCAUGAAGCUUUGGAGAAAGGUUCCAGCUGCUGAUAAAGCCCCCUACCUGCAAAAGGCCAAAGAUAACCGGGCUGCUCACCGCAUCAACAAGGUGCAAAAGCAGGCUGAGAGCCAGAUCAACAAGCAGGCCAAGGUGGGCGACAUAGCCCGUAAGACUGAUCGACCAGCCCUCCAUCUCCGUAUUCCCUCCCAGCCAGGGGCACUGGGAAGUCCGCCCCCUGCUGCGGCCCCCACUAUUUUCAUUGGCAGUCCCACCACCCCUGCUGGCUUGUCUACCUCUGCGGACGGGUUCCUGAAGCCACCAGCGGGCACAGUGCCCGGCCCUGACUCACCUGGUGAGCUCUUCCUCAAGCUCCCGCCCCAGGUGCCCGCCCAAGUGCCUUCGCAGGACCCCUUUGGACUGGCCCCUGCCUAUGCCCCGGAGCCACGCUUCCCUGCAGCACCACCCACCUAUCCUCCUUACCCAAGCCCCUCUGGAGCCCCUGCCCAGCCCCCAAUAUUGGGCACCACAACUCGACCUGGGACUGGCCAGCCAGGGGAAUUCCACACUACCCCACCGGGUACCCCAAGACACCAGCCUUCCACACCUGACCCCUUCCUCAAACCUCGCUGCCCCUCAUUGGACAACCUGGCAGUGCCUGAGAGCCCAGGGGUCGCGGGAGGCAAGGCUUCUGAGCCUCUGCUCUCACCCCCACCUUUUGGGGAGUCCCGGAAGACCCUAGAGGUGAAGAAGGAAGAGCUUGGGGCAUCCUCUCCUGGCUAUGGUCCCCCAAACCUGGGCUGUGUUGACUCACCCUCCUCAGGCCCCCACCUGGGUGGCCUGGAGUUAAAGGCACCUGAUGUCUUCAAAGCCCCCCUAACCCCUCGGGCAUCUCAGGUAGAGCCCCAGAGCCCGGGCCUGGGCCUACGGGCCCAGGAGCCACCCCCAGCCCAGGCUUUGGCCCCUUCUCCUCCCAGCCACCCUGAUGUCUUUCGUUCUGCCUCCUACCCUGACCCCUAUGCCCAGCCCCCGUUGACUCCUCGACCCCAGCCCCCACCCCCUGAGAGCUGCUGUGCCCUGCCUCCUCGAUCACUGCCCUCUGAUCCUUUCUCCAGAGUGCCCGCUAGUCCUCAAUCUCAGUCCAGUUCCCAGUCCCCAUUGACCCCACGUCCUCUGUCUGCUGAGGCUUUCUGCCCAUCCCCUGUUACCCCUCGCUUCCAAUCCCCUGACCCUUAUUCUCGUCCACCCUCACGCCCUCAGUCCCGUGACCCCUUUGCCCCGCUGCAUAAGCCACCCCGACCCCAGCCCCCUGAAGUUGCCUUUAAGGCUGGGCCCCUAGCCCACACUCCCCUGGGAGCUGGGGGCUUCCCAGCAGCCCUGCCCUCUGGCCCAGCAGGUGAGCUCCAUGCCAAGGUCCCAAGUGGGCAACCCCCCAAUUUUGCCCGUUCUCCUGGGACAGGCACAUUUGUGGGCACCCCCUCUCCCAUGCGGUUCACUUUCCCACAGGGGGUAGGGGAGUCUUCCCUAAAGCCUCCUGUCCCUCAGCCUGGUCUCCCUCCACCCCAUGGGAUCAACAGCCAUUUUGGGCCUGGCCCCACCUUGGGCAAGCCUCAAAGCACAAACUUUGCAGUAGCCACGGGGAACUUUCACCCAUCAGGCAGCCCCCUGGGGCCCAACAGUGGGCCCACAGGGGAGGGCUAUGGGCUGUCCCCACUACGCCCCGCGUCAGUUCUGCCACCUCCCACACCCGAGGGACCCCUCCCCUACUUGUCCCAUGGAGCCUCACAAAGGGCAGGCAUCACCUCUCCAGUGGAAAAGCGAGAAGACGCAGGGGCUACAAUGAGUAGUAGCUCUUUGGCAACACCUGAACUCUCAAGUGCCCAGGAUGCAGGCAUGUCUAGCCUCAGCCAGACAGAGCUGGAGAAACAGCGGCAGCGCCAGAGACUCCGGGAACUGCUGAUUCGGCAGCAGAUUCAGCGUAAUAACUUGAGGCAGGAGAAGGAAACAGCUGCAGCAGCUGCAGGUGCAGUGGGGCCUCCAGGCAACUGGGGCGCUGAGCCCAGCAGCCCUGCCUUUGAACAGCUGAGUAGAGGCCAGACCCCUUUCACUGGGUCCCAGGAUAAGAGCAGUAUUGUGGGGUUACCUUCAAGCAAGCUAGGUGGUCCCGUCUUGGGACCAGGAGCCUUCUCCAGUGAUGACCGACUCUCCAGGCCACUUCCACCAGCCACACCUUCUUCUAUGGAUGUGAACAGCAGGCAACUUGUUGGAGGCUCCCAGACCUUCUAUCAGCGUACACCCUAUCCUGGGUCCCUACCCCUGCAGCAGCAGCAGCAGCAGCAGCAGCAACAACAACAACUUUGGCAGCAGCAACAGCAGGCAACAGUAGCGACCUCCAUGCGACUUGCAAUGUCUGCUCGAUUUCCAUCAACUCCUGGACCUGAACUUGGCCGCCAAGCACUAGGUUCCCCCUUAGCAGGAAUCCCCACCCGCCUUCCAGGACCUGCUGAGCCAGUGCCUGGUCCAGCUGGUCCUGCUCAGUUCAUUGAGCUGCGACACAAUGUACAGAAAGGACUUGGACCUGGGGGGUCUCCGUUUCCUGGUCAGGGUCCCCCUCAGAGGCCCCGUUUUUACCCUGUAAGCGAGGAACCCCAUCGACUGGCUCCUGAAGGUCUUCGGGGCAUGGCUAUUUCAGGCCUUACCCCACAAAAACCCUCAGCCCCACCAGCCCCUGAAUUGAACAACAGCCUCCAUCAGACACCCCAUACCAAGGGUCCUGCCCUACCAACUGGCUUGGAGCUGGUCAGCCGCCCACCAUCAAGCACUGAACUUGUUCGUCCCGCUCUGGCCUUGGAAGCUGGGAAGUUGCCUUGUGAGGAUCCUGAGUUGGACGAUGACUUUGAUGCCCACAAGGCCCUAGAGGAUGAUGAAGAGCUUGCUCACUUGGGUCUGGGUGUGGAUGUGGCCAAGGGUGAUGAUGAACUGGGUACCCUAGAAAACCUGGAGACUAAUGACCCCCACUUAGAUGACCUCCUUAAUGGAGAUGAAUUUGACCUACUAGCUUAUACUGACCCUGAGCUAGAUACUGGGGACAAGAAGGACAUCUUUAAUGAGCACCUAAGGCUGGUGGAGUCAGCAAAUGAGAAGGCUGAGCGAGAAGCUCUGCUGCACGGGGUGGAGCCAGUAUCCUUGGGCCCUGAGGAACGCCCUCCCCCUGCCACAGACAACUCUGAGCCUCGCCUAGCAUCUGUGCUCCCUGAGGUGAAGCCCAAAGUGGAGGAGGGAAGGCGCCAUCCUUCUCCUUGCCAGUUCACCAUUAAUACCCCCAAGGUGGAGCCGGCACCUCCUGCCACUCCCCUCAGCCUAGGACUGAAGCCAGGUCAGACUGUGAUGGGCAGCCGAGACACUCGAGUAGGUACAGGAUCAUUCCCCAGCGGUGGGCACACAACUGAGAAGGGCCCAUUUGGGGCCACAGGAGGAACACCAGCUCACUUGCUGAACCCCAGCUCACUGAGUGGCCCGGGUGGAUCCUCCCUUCUGGAGAAAUUUGAACUAGAGAGUGGGGCUCUAACCUUGCCCAGUGGACAUGCAGCAUCUGGGGAUGAGCUGGACAAAAUGGAGAGCUCCCUGGUAGCCAGCGAGUUGCCUCUGCUUAUUGAAGACCUGUUAGAGCAUGAGAAGAAGGAGCUGCAGAAGAAACAGCAACUUUCAGCACAGCUGCAGCCUGCCCAGCAGCAGCAACAGCAGCAGCAACAUUCCCUCCUUCCUACACCAGGCCCUGCACAGACCCUGCCUUUGCCACAUGAGGCUGGGCCCCCACAGCAGCUUGCUCUGGGUCUUGGAAGUACUCGACAGCCAGGUUUGGGCCAGUCACUGAUGCCCAGCCAGUCACCAGCUCAUGCCCUUCAACAGCGCCUGGCCCCAUCUGUGGCUAUGGUGUCUAACCAAGGUCAUAUGCUAAGUGGGCAGCAACCAGGGCAGACAGGCUUGGUGCCCCAACAGAGCUCACAGCCAGUGUUAGCACAGAAACCCAUGAAUGCCAUGCCACCUUCCAUGUGCAUGAAGCCCCAGCAGCUGGCAAUGCAGCAACAACAGCUGGCUAACAGCUUCUUCCCAGAUACAGAUCUGGACAAAUUUGCUGCAGAAGAUAUCAUUGAUCCUAUUGCAAAGGCCAAGAUGGUCGCUUUGAAAGGCAUCAAGAAAGUGAUGGCUCAGGGCAGCAUUGGAGUGGCACCUGGUAUGAACAGGCAGCAAGUCUCACUGUUGGCUCAGAGGCUCUCUGGGGGCUCUGGCAAUGAUCUGCAGAACCAUGUGGUGCCUGGGAGUGGCCAGGAGCGGAAUGCUAGUGACCCUUCCCAGCCACGUCCCAAUCCACCUACUUUUGCCCAGGGAGUGAUCAAUGAGGCUGACCAGCGACAGUAUGAAGAAUGGCUGUUCCAUACCCAGCAGCUCCUACAGAUGCAGCUGAAGGUGCUAGAGGAGCAGAUUGGUGUGCACCGCAAGUCCCGGAAGGCUCUGUGUGCCAAGCAGCGCACUGCCAAAAAGGCUGGCCGUGAGUUUCCGGAAGCUGAUGCUGAGAAGCUCAAGCUGGUUACAGAACAGCAAAGCAAGAUCCAGAAACAGCUGGAUCAGGUCCGGAAACAGCAGAAGGAGCACACAAAUCUCAUGGCAGAAUAUCGAAACAAGCAACAGCAGCAGCAGCAGCAGCAGCAGCAGCAGCAGCAGCAGCAGCACUCAGCUGUAUUGGCUCUUAGCCCUUCUCAGAGUUCUCGGGUACUUACCAAGCUCCCUGGCCAGUUGCUCCCUGGCCAUGGAUUACAGCCACCACAGGCACCUCCAGGUGGGCAAGCUGGAGGUCUUCGUCUGCCUCCGGGAGGUAUGGUACUACCCGGACAGCCUGGUGGUCCAUUCCUCAAUACUGCCUUGGCCCAGCAGCAGCAACAGCAGCAUCCUGGUGUGGCUGGAUCCUUGACUGGCCCUUCAGGGAACUUCUUCCCUGGAAAUCUUGCACUCCGAAGCCUUGGACCUGACUCAAGGCUUUUACAGGAAAGGCAACUACAGCUGCAGCAGCAACGAAUGCAGCUGGCCCAGAAAUUACAGCAGCAGCAGCAGCAGCAGCAGCAGCAGCAGCAGCAACAACAACAGCAACAACAGCAACACCUCUUAGGGCAGGUCGCAGUCCAACAGCAACAGGGUCCUGGAGUACAGAACCAGGCUCUGGGUCCCAAGCCUCAGGGCCUUAUGCCUCCCAGCAACCACCAGGGCCUCCUGGUUCAACAGUUGUCCCCUCAGCAAUCACAGGGGUCCCAGGGCAUGCUGGGUCCUGCCCAGGUCACUGUGCUGCAACAGCAGCAGCAACAGCAACAGCAGCAGCACUCUGGAGCUUUGGGUCCUCAGGGCCCUCACAGACAGGUGCUUAUGACUCAGUCCAGGGUGCUGAGUUCCCCUCAGCUGGCACAGCAGGGUCACAGCCUUAUGGGACACCGACUUCUCACAGCCCAGCAGCAACAGCAGCAGCACCAACAACAGGGGUCUAUGACAGGGCUUUCCCAUCUUCAGCAAGGAAUGAUGUCACAUGGUGUGCAGCCCAAAAUGAGUGCUCAGGCAUUGGGCUCCUUACAGCAGCAACAGCAGCACCAACAGCUGCAGCAGCAACAGCUGCACCUUCAGCAGCAGCUGCACCAGCAACAACAGCAACAUCUUCAGCAGCAGCAUCUUCAGCAGCAGCAGCAACAUCUUCAGCAGCAGCAGCAGCAGCAGCAACAACAACAGCAGCAGAUGGGCCUCUUGAAUCAGAAUCGAACUUUACUAUCUCCUCAGCAGCAGCAGCAGCAGCAGCAGCAGCAGCAGGUGACACUUGGCCCUGGCAUGCCAGCCAAGCCUCUUCAACACUUUUCUAGCCCCGGAGCCCUGGGCCCAACCCUGCUCCUGACAGGCAAGGAACAAAGCAUUACAGAGGCAUCACUUCCUUCAGAAGUCACGGAGGGACCCUCAACACAUCAAGGAGGGCCAUUGGCAGUGGGGACUACACCUGAGUCAAUGUCUGUUGAGCCAGGGGAGGUAAAGCCCUCCGUUUCCGGAGACUCACAACUGCUACUUGUCCAGUCCCAGGCCCAGUCUCAGCCCACCCCAGUGCAGCUGCAGCCACCACUAAGGCUCCCAGGACAACCCCAACAACAGCAAGUGAACUUGCUCCACACAACAGGUGGAGGAAACCAUGGGCAGCAACUAGGGAGUGGAUCCUCUUCUGAGGUCCCAUCUGUACCCCACCUGCUGACCCAGCCCUCUGUUUCCUUAGGGGAACAGCCUGGGCCUAUGGCCCAGAACCUUCUGGGCUCCCAACAGCCCAUUGGGCUAGAUCGGCCCAUUCAAAAUAACACAGGGCCACAGCCUCCUAAAUCAGGACCUGUUCCUCAGUCUGGGCAGGGUCUUCCUGGGGUUGGAGUGAUGCCUACAGUUGGUCAACUUCGAGCACAGCUCCAAGGAGUCCUGGCCAAAAACCCACAGCUGCGGCACUUGAGCCCUCAGCAACAGCAGCAGCUACAGGCACUCCUCAUGCAGCGACAGCUGCAGCAGAGUCAGGCAGUGCGCCAGACUCUGCCGAUCCAGGAGGCUGGGACCCAGCCCUCCCCCCUCCAGGGCCUCCUGAGCUGCCAACCUCAAUCUGGGGGUUUUUCUGGAUCUCAGACUGGACCUCUCCAGGAGCUAGGGGCAGGGCCUAGACCGCAGGGCCCACCCCGACUCCCUGUCCCACAAGGAGCCUUAUCUACAGGACCAGUGCUUGGCCCUGUCCAUCCCACACCUCCACCAUCCAGUCCCCAAGAGCCAAAGAGACCUUCACAAUUACCUUCCCCCAGUGCCCAGCUAACCCCCACCCACCCUGGGACUCCAAAGCCCCAGGGGCCAACCUUGGAGCUGCCUCCUGGGAGGGUUUCACCUGCUGCUGCCCAGCUUGCAGAUACGUUCUUUGGCAAGGGGCUGGGACCUUGGGACCCCUCAGACAACCUAACUGAAGCCCAGAAGCCAGAGCAGAGCAGCCUGGUAUCUGGGCAUCUGGAGCAGGUGAAUGGACAGGUGGUACAAGAGCCAUCCCAGCUCAGCAUCAAACAGGAGCCUCGGGAAGAGUCGUGUGCCCUGGGUGCACAGGCAGUAAAAAGAGAGGCUGAUGGGGAGCCAGGAGGUACACCAGGCACCAGCAAUCACCUUCUGCUAGCAGGCUCCCGCUCAGAGGCUGGGCAUCUGCUCUUGCAGAAGCUUCUGCGGGCAAAGAAUGUGCAGCUUGGUGCUGGGCGGGGCCCUGAGGGACCUCGAGCUGAGAUCAAUGGACACAUUGACAGCAAGUUGUCAGGGCUGGAGCAGAAACUACAGGGUACUUCCAGCAGCAAAGAGGAUGCAGCCACAAGAAAGCCUUUGUCAGCGAAGCCUAAGCGGGUACAGAAGACAAGCGACAGAUUGGUGAGCUCCCGAAAGAAGCUGCGGAAAGAAGAUGGGGUCAGGGCCAAUGAGGCCUUACUCAAACAGCUAAAACAGGAACUGUCCCAGCUGCCCCUGACGGAGCCUACCAUCACCGCCAAUUUUAGCCUCUUUGCUCCCUUUGGCAGUGGCUGCCUAGUCAGUGGGCAGAGCCAGCUCAGGGGGGCUUUUGGAAGUGGGGCUCUACACGCCGGCCUUGACUACUAUUCUCAGCUGCUCACCAAGAAUAACCUGAGUAACCCGCCGACACCACCCUCGUCGCUGCCCCCCACCCCACCCCCAUCGGUGCAGCAGAAGAUGGUGAAUGGUGUUACGCCCUCUGACGAGCUGGGGGAGCACCCCAAGGACGCAGCCUCUGCCCAGGACACUGAGGGAACAUUGAGGGAUGCUGCAGAGGUGAAGAGUUUAGACCUGCUGGCUGCUCUGCCUACACCCCCUCAUAAUCAGACUGAGGAUGUCAGGAUGGAGAGCGAUGAGGACAGUGAUUCUCCUGAUAGUAUCGUGCCGGCUUCAUCCCCCGAGAGCAUCCUUGGGGAAGAGGCCCCACGUUUCCCACAGCUGGUCUCUGGACGGUGGGAGCAGGACACUCGGGCCCUCUCCCCUGUCAUCCCCAUCAUCCCCCGUGCCAGCAUCCCUGUUUUCCCAGAUACAAAACCUUAUGGGGCACUUGACCUGGAAGUCCCUGGAAAGCUACCUGCUGCAGCUUGGGAAAAAGGCAAAGGAAGUGAGGUGUCAGUCAUGCUGACGGUCUCUGCUGCCGCCGCCAAGAAUCUGAAUGGUGUGAUGGUAGCAGUGGCAGAGUUACUAAGCAUGAAGAUACCCAACUCCUACGAGGUGCUGUUCCCAGACAGCCCUGCCCGGGCAGGCCUUGAGCCCAAGAAGGUGGAAGCUGAGGGUCCUGGUGGGAAAGAAAAAGGUUUGAGUGGCAAGGGCCUGGACACUGGACCUGAUUGGCUAAGGCAGUUUGAUGCAGUGUUGCCUGGCUACACCCUCAAGAGCCAGUUAGACAUCUUGAGCCUCCUGAAACAGGAGAGUUCUGCCCCAGAACCAUCCUCCCAGCACAGCUACACUUACAACGUCUCCAACUUGGAUGUGAGGCAGCUCUCCGCCCCACCUCCUGAGGAACCUUCCCCACCUCCAUCCCCCUUGGCACCCUCUCCUGCCAGCCCCCCUGCUGAACCCCUGGUUGAACUUCAGGCUGAACCCCCAACUGAACCACCAAUCCCUUCACCUCUACCACUGGCUUCAUCCCCUGAAUCUGCCCGGCCCAAACCCCGAGCCCGGCCCCCGGAAGAGAGUGAAGAUUCCCGUCCCCCACGCCUCAAAAAGUGGAAAGGGGUACGCUGGAAGCGGCUGCGACUACUGCUGACUAUCCAGAAGGGCAGUGGACGACAAGAGGGUGAGCGGGAGGUGGCAGAGUUUAUGGAGCAGCUUGGUACAGCCUUGAGACCAAACAAGGUGCCUCGAGACAUGCGACGAUGCUGCUUCUGUCACGAAGAGGGAGAUGGUGCCACUGAUGGGCCUGCCCGCCUACUCAAUCUUGACUUGGACCUCUGGGUACACCUCAACUGUGCACUGUGGUCCACGGAGGUGUAUGAAACCCAGGGUGGGGCAUUGAUGAAUGUGGAGGUUGCCCUGCACCGAGGAUUGCUAACCAAGUGCUCCCUGUGCCAGCGAACUGGUGCCACUAGCAGCUGCAAUCGCAUGCGUUGCCCCAAUGUCUACCAUUUUGCCUGUGCCAUCCGUGCUAAGUGCAUGUUCUUUAAGGACAAGACUAUGCUGUGUCCAAUGCACAAGAUCAAGGGGCCCUGUGAGCAGGAACUGAGCUCCUUUGCUGUCUUCCGGAGGGUCUACAUUGAACGGGACGAGGUGAAGCAGAUCGCCAGCAUCAUCCAGCGGGGGGAGCGGCUACAUAUGUUCCGAGUAGGGGGUCUUGUGUUCCAUGCCAUUGGACAGCUGCUCCCACACCAGAUGGCUGACUUCCACAGUGCCACUGCCCUCUAUCCUGUGGGCUACGAGGCCACGCGCAUCUAUUGGAGCCUUCGCACCAACAAUCGCCGCUGCUGCUAUCGCUGCUCCAUCAGUGAGAAUAAUGGGCGGCCUGAGUUUGUGAUCAAAGUCAUUGAGCAGGGUUUAGAGGACCUGGUCUUCACUGAUGCCUCUCCCCAAGCUGUGUGGAAUCGCAUCAUUGAACCUGUGGCUGCCAUGAGAAAAGAAGCUGACAUGCUGAGGCUCUUCCCUGAGUACCUGAAAGGCGAAGAGCUCUUUGGGCUGACAGUGCAUGCUGUGCUCCGUAUAGCUGAAUCGCUCCCUGGGGUGGAGAGCUGUCAGAACUAUUUAUUUCGCUAUGGGCGCCACCCUCUGAUGGAACUGCCACUCAUGAUCAACCCCACCGGCUGUGCCAGAUCAGAACCUAAAAUCCUCACACACUACAAACGCGUUUUCACAUCCAUUAUCUCAUUUGAUCCUCACAACAACCUUAUGAGGCCCCAUACCUUGAACAGCACCAGCAUGUCUAAGGCAUAUCAGAGCACCUUCACAGGCGAGACCAACACCCCGUACAGCAAGCAGUUUGUGCACUCCAAGUCAUCUCAGUACCGGCGCCUGCGCACUGAGUGGAAGAACAAUGUUUAUCUGGCUCGCUCCCGUAUCCAGGGCCUAGGGCUCUAUGCAGCCAAGGACCUAGAAAAGCACACGAUGGUCAUUGAGUACAUUGGCACCAUCAUUCGCAACGAGGUGGCCAAUCGUCGGGAGAAAAUCUAUGAGGAGCAGAAUCGAGGCAUCUACAUGUUCCGGAUAAACAAUGAGCACGUGAUUGAUGCUACAUUGACUGGAGGCCCUGCCAGGUACAUUAACCACUCCUGUGCCCCGAACUGUGUAGCAGAAGUUGUGACAUUUGACAAGGAGGACAAAAUCAUCAUCAUCUCCAGCCGGCGAAUCCCCAAAGGAGAGGAGCUGACCUAUGACUAUCAGUUUGAUUUUGAGGACGAUCAGCACAAGAUCCCCUGUCACUGUGGAGCCUGGAACUGUCGGAAAUGGAUGAACUAAGAAGCUUUGAGGCUACCAGGCAGGGGAAUCCCCCCACCCCCCCACCUCUUCCCUGAAAGGGAUGAGGGGGAAGAGCGGUAGCAGCCAGAGCUAGGACCCAGGGCUGGGGCUGCCGGCUGACCGGAGCCCCUGGAGCAGGAGGCUGGGGCAGAGGGCCCUAGGCCAAGCCCACCCUGGGCACCAGGGACAACCUUCUUCCCUGCCACCGGCCCUUAGGCUGGCAUCUCUGCCCCCAGCUCUAGGAGGGGACAGACAGAAGCAGCCACUGGGCAUCUCAGGUUUGAGGGGGAUAUGGGCCGGGAACUACCCAGAAGUGUCUGGGAGGCAGCAGGGAGGGAGGAGGAGGAUGUGUGGCCGGGCCUCGCAGCCCUGCUGCCUCCACCGACCUCUCUGGCCCAACUCAAGGCUGCAAAGAGACUUGACUAAAGCUUGACAAUCCCAAAGGCCGGGUCCCACACCUGGCCCUGCCUGCCGGGUCCUGCCCCUACCCUCACCCCCAUCCCCUUCCUUCCUCUCUAUCUGUCUCUGUCUCCCUCUUUACCUCUGUGUCUCUGUCUCUCUAUGGGUUGUGUUUCCUUGUUUUCCACUCUGACAAAUGCAACGUGAUGGGAAAGAGGCAUCCAGAUGCCCAGGAGGGCAAGCUGGGCAAGCCGGGCAAGGAGACCCCGCACCCACACCUACCUCAUUUAAGUGUUGGAUUUUUUGCUGUUUUGAAAUGUGAGACCCUCUCCAAGCCCCCUACUGCCCCGACUCUCUCCCCCACCUCACUGCCCUCUUCUAGUGGGUGGAAGGGGGGUAGGAGGAGGAGAACAACAACAAUAACAACAACAAAAAUCCA